AUGCCGCUUGACCCGCAGGCUUUCUAUUUCAAGCGGGCCAUGCCCAUGCUUGAGGUGUACCUUACAUUGGCAAUUGCGGCCCUCUCUGAGGCCGUGCCGGCGCCUAUCAAGCAUGUCUUGCACGAGAAGCGAGACAAAGCUGCCCUGGACUGGGUGAAGGGUAAUCGGGUGGAGAGCGAUGCUGUCCUGCCAGUCCGCAUUGGAUUGUCCCAAAACAACUUGGACAGGGGGUAUGACUACUUGAUGGAGGUGGCUCAUCCAGAUUCCGAGAAAUAUGGCAAGUAUUGGACAGCCGAGGAAGUUCACGAUGCCUUUGCGCCUUCGGCCGAGGCUGUGGACGCUGUCCGUGACUGGCUUCAUGCUGCUGGCAUUGAUCCGUCACGGAUUGUGCACUCGGACAACAAGGGCUGGCUUGCUUUCGAUGCCUAUGCUCACGAGGCGGAGAGUCUCUUUAAAACCAAAUUCUUUGAGCACAACCACAUGAGCAGUGAAAGCACGAAAAUUGGUUGUGAUGAGUACCAUCUGCCGCAGCACCUUCGGGAUCAUGUCGACUAUGUUACUCCGGGUGUCAAGCUCACCCCGGUGCUUAAGAAACACAAGAAAGCCAAGCGCGCCUCCCAACUCGGCAAAGUCAAGGCCAAUGCCGUGGUUGCAUCUGAGGUUCACGAUGUCUUGAUCUCGGAGAAGGCGAAGGGACUCUCUCCGGACCUGCAGCUGUGCGGAUAUAACAUGACACCCACGUGUAUCAAAGCACUGUACAAAAUUCCCGACGCUACCAAGGCCAACAAGCACAAUUCCCUUGGUCUGUAUGAGCAGGGUGACUACUUUGCCAAGUCUGACCUAGAUCUCUUCUACAAGGAGUAUGCUCCAUGGGUGCCUCAGGGUACCUACCCGAUCCCUGCACUGAUUGAUGGCGCCAACUUCUCAGUUCCAGCUGGCAGUGCUCUCAAUACCGGCGAGUCGGAUAUCGACAUUGAUCUGGCUACGGCUCUCAUCUAUCCACAGACCAUCACGCUCUACCAAGUCGAUGACCAACUCUAUGAGCCGGAGGAAGUCGCUACCACCAACUUGUUCAAUACGUUUCUUGAUGCACUCGAUGGUUCCUACUGCACCUACAGCGCAUACGGAGAGACUGGCGAUGAUCCUAAGAUUGACCCUGUCUACCCUGACAAUCGACCUGGCGGCUACAAAGGCAAGCUGCAAUGUGGAAUCUACAAGCCAACCAAUGUCAUCAGUGCUUCGUAUGGCCAGGCCGAAGCAGACCUGCCCCCCAACUACACCAAACGUCAAUGCAACGAGUUUAUGAAGCUUGGUCUGCAGGGUCACUCCAUUCUCUUUGCAUCAGGGGACUACGGUGUCGCCUCCUUUGCCGGAGACGGCGGUCCCAAUGGUUGCUUGGGCCCCGACCACAAGAUCUUCAGCCCGCAAUAUCCAUCCAACUGCCCAUACGUGACUUCCGUUGGGGGUACCAUGAUCUAUCCAGACCAGACCGUCAAAGACCCCGAGAGCGUGAUGCACGUCAAUCUUGGGGGCACUGCAUCGAACUUCAGCACUGCUGGUGGAUUCUCAAACUAUUUUCCGCAGCCUGAAUACCAAAAGCGCGCGGUCGAGAAGUAUUUCAAAAAGGCCAAGUUGGAAUACCCCUAUUACUCCGAAUUCGAGGUCAACUUCAACACUACGAAGGGACUGUACAACCGCAUUGGUCGUGCUUAUCCCGAUGUAGCGGCUAAUGGUGCUCAAUUCCGCGCCUACACCGAUGGCUUCGAUUAUCAUUACUACGGAUCCAGUCUCGCGUCUCCACUGUUUGCCUCCGUCCUCAAUCUGAUCAAUGAGGAGCGACUUGCAAUUGGCAAGGGUCCAGUCGGCUUCGUCAACCCAGUGUUGUAUGAGAAUCCCCACGUUCUUCACGAUAUUAAGAAUGGCACCAAUGCGGGAUGUGGCACCUACGGCUUCGCCGCCAUUGAAGGAUGGGACCCUGCCUCUGGACUUGGAACCCCUGACUACCCCAAGAUGAAGAAGCUCUUCCUGGAAUUGCCUUAG